GGUUUCAAAUUCCCCGACCGAAUCACUCUUCAGCCCACGUUCCAGCGUGUGCCAUGGAAGCUGCACGAUGCUUGAGACUAAUUUUGCCUUUUUGUGAUGCUACAGAGCUGGUGCGUGCAGAGGUAAGCUCCAAGACACAGCAUCAGUGGAUCGAACAGGAAGAAGUCUGGGAAGCACUUUGCAAGGCCUGCACAACUGACCCUGACGAUUGGCAAACUCAACGGGGAGACAAAGUAAGUUGGCCUACCAAAGAUGGCGACACAGCCAAAGAUUGGUUCUUGAGACUCUAUGAGCUGCACACUUUGAUUACCAAGCAUGAUGCGAUUGCGUGCGAUAAGUGUGGCGAGUGGGGUGCUACUGACCUCGAUAGUCUUGAAUGUCAAGGAUGCCAGGGGAAAUGGUGUGAUGACUGUGCUGAACGCGGGCCUUCCAAGAGGGAGGUGCCUUGUGAGCAAUGCCCAGAUUUCUCCAAAAUUUGUUGCCGGGAGUGCUUCCUUGAGGAAAAGACACUUCGCUGCGAAUGCUCAGAUACAGACAGCUGGCACAGCUGUUGUGGCCGCCAUGGCUUUAGGUGCGAGCGCUGUGACGCGCUCUUGUGCGAUCGCUGCAAAAAAGCUCAUCGCUCAGAGUGCCCAGAAGGGGCGGACGAGGAAGACGAGGAAGACGAGGAGUGCCCAGAAGGGGCGGACGAGGAAGACGAGGACGAGGAGGACGAGGAGGGAUGAUUUACCAUGAGUGUGGACGGCAUUUGACGCCCUUUCAGAACUUGUUCUAAAGCUGCAGCGUGCCAAACAUUGCAGUUGUCUCACCCUUGCCUGAUCUGACGGAGCUUCCCAUGAUCACGAGGUCUUUUAUGUUGACCUUCUCCUCUCAUGAUCCCAAAUGUAAAUGGAAGUGGUUAGUUUUUGGAUUUGCAAACUCCAC